AUGGGUCAACACGCAGGGAAAGAAGACGGUGUCAACCACUCGCUAACUGCUGAUACCGACACGAACAGGACCAACUCCGUGACGAAGUGGAACCAAGUCAGCGUCAGGUGCGCCAAGCAGCUGCAGAACUACUCAUGCACGCCCCCUGACGGCAGGAAGAAGAAGCGCCACAAGAUGUGCCGCAGCCUGAGCGAGGAUGACGCCCGGACCAGAGAAACGCCCCCGCCGUCACCCGGGCUACUCGCUAAGAAUAUCCUGAACGUUCUGAUCACGACCACCGACAUCGACAGAGAGAACCGUUCGAACGGCUGUGUGCAAAGUCGGGACUCACAGAGCGACCAGGAAAAUGUUCCUCAUGACGUCAUUCCGAACAACAGAUCGUCUGAAAAUGACGUCAACGUCGAGAACAACAAAAACAACGCGAUGGACGCACAAGAAGGACACAAGAGCGCAGCGACAUGUAGUGAAACUUGUAGUGACGGACAUUCAUCACAGCAUCCAAACGCAACAACUGAUCAGAAUGCCAGGUUAAAGGAAAAUCAGAAAAAUGAAGACAAGGACAAAACGGAAGACAACAAAGAAAAUCAGGCAAACUCAACCAAGAAGGAAGGCUUCGUACAACUUUCAGGACAUGAUGGUGCGUUUGCCCAGGGCGCCCAGAACACGAUCCUGAAGCUCCAGACGAAGGACGGCGACACGGAGGCGCGAGUGUACGAGAGGCUGAUGCAGGACGGGUGCCGGGAAGUCGUGCCUGCCUACUACGGAGAGGUUUAUAAGGACGACAAGUACUACAUCGAGCUGGAGAACCUGCUCACGCACUUUGUAGGGGACGUGGCCGUCAUGGAUGUCAAAGUUGGGAACAGAACGUUUGCAGAAAAGGAAGCCAUCAACCCGAAGUUACGGCCGGAUCUGUACCAGAAAAUGGUCAAAGUGAACCCAAAGGCGGCCACAGAAGAAGAGCAAAAGAAACAAGCCAUCACCAAAGUCAGAUACAUGACGUUCAGAGAAAAGGAGAGUUCGACAUCGGCGUUUUCAUUCAGGGUAGAGGCUUCGAAGGUACCGGGAGGAAAGACCAACAAGGACCUUAAGACGGUACGAACUUGGGAGCAGGUCUUGAAGACGCUGGGAAAAUUCUUCAAGGGUCACCCCGCAGCGCGAGACAAGAUUGUGGAGAGACUUCAGCACAUCAGGGAAAAAUUCGCCGCCUCCGACUUCUUCCAGAGGCACGAGAUUGUAGGCAGCUCCAUUCUGAUGUUGUAUGACGUGGAAGACAACGCGGGCGCUUGGAUGAUAGACUUCGCAAAGACCGCGGCGUUACCAGAUGACGUCAGCGUGACGCAUGCGGUACCCUGGGAGCUGGGGAAUCACGAGGACGGCUAUCUCACAGGGCUGGACAAUCUCAUCAAGGCAGUAAAAUCGUGCGUAGUGACAACACUAGAGGAAGAAGAAGAAAAGGUUCACUUUGUCUGACGCACUUACUUCAUCCACUCACCUCAUUGGUCAGAAUUAAUCAUGUGACUUGCAUAACACUCUGUCAUUGGUCAACCUUAGUUUGAGAAUCAGCUGGAAUAUGGACCAUGCAGUUGGACAAUAGAAUGAGUUAAUUAUGCAUAUCAAGCUUCUAGUAUCUGAUUGGUCAAUGAUUAACAUGUGACUAAAAGUUGGUCUCAUUGGUCCACCAUACUUUCAAAAUCAAGAGACAGCGUACCAUGCAGUUGCACAAUAGACAGUAAAUUUAGUCAAAGCUUGCAUGUACCUCAAUUUAAAUUCGGUUCUCAAGUACAAAUUCUGGAUUUAAGUGUUACGCCACUGGGUCCUUGUACAGCAUAUUCAGAUACUAUUAGAUGCUCUAGAGCUUACUCUGAAAUGACCUUCCGUAGACAACCAUUGACGAGUAAAUGCACUUAGCCAACAUCCGUUUUUGUACCAAAACUUCCAAAAGCCUAUAGUGCCAAGUGCUUAAGCAUAAUAUACAGAUAUCAUUACAUACUUUAUAGAGGUAAUUUUGAAAUGACCUUUUGGUAAAUCACUGACGAGCCAAAGCACUUUGCCUGUAUCACUUAACCCUUUGAUAAGAGUUGCCAUUAGCUAAUGUAACGAAAUGGAAAAAGUAAUUUGGACUAAUGCGGAACAUUACAACAGAAACCUAGAGAAGUAAUCUUUUAGUCGCGACAACAGCAUAUGUACAAAGAGGGUAAUAAUGGAAUUGCGCAUGUAAAUUUGUACAUAAGUGCUUUUAGGACAGAUGCAUUUUCACAAUACAAUCACAAGGUUCAGUGCAAACCAUUUGUU